AGCUUCUUAAAAAACAAGCUUUUCAAUUAAUACUAUAAUUAUACAUACACAAACAUACAUAAUAUAUGUGUAUACUUAAUAAUGAUAAACGUUUAUUAAAUAAAUAAAAUAAAUUAAUAAUAAUAAUAAAAAGUGAUAAAAAAACCAACAAAAAAAAAACAAAUAUAAAAUAAAUAAAAGAAAUUUUUAAUAAACCGUCAAAAUAGCUCCAAAACAUUCUAUAUCACGAAUGCAUCUGCCAAGUGGUACAACAACGGCAGUGUAUACUGGUUCAACAGCUACUGGUACAGCUGCAUCAGCUGGUAUAUUAACUUUACAUAAUACUGAUUGGAGUCCAACACAUCAAACAACUACCGGUUCUACUGGUUUAAUAUCAUAUAAGGGGGUUGUUGGUUUGGUUGAACAACAAUCACAACCACCCCCAAUUACAAAUAAUCUUAAUAAUAAUAAUAGUAACAGUAAUUCACCUAUAAAUAGUAAUAAUAAUAAUAAUAAUAAUAAUAGUAGUAAUAAUAAUAGUUCUAAUAGUAAUUGUAAUAACAGUAAUAGUAAUAAUAAUAGUAAUAGUAAUAGCAAUAAUAAUACAAAUAAUAAUAGUUCAAAUGAUCUAUGGUGGACUGAAAGAUUAGUACUUGAAGCACAACAGGAAUUUCCUGGUGAAUUAGUUAAAACUGGAAGCCCAUAUUUUUUAUGUUCAAGUUUACCAAAUCAUUGGCGAUCAAAUAAAACAUUACCAAUUGCCUUUAAAGUUGUAUCACUUGUUGAUGUUGGUGAUGGUACUGUUGUUACUGUUAGAGCCGGUAAUGAUGAAAAUUAUUGUGCUGAAUUAAGAAAUUUUACAGCGGUUAUGAAAAAUGGUGUAGCAAAAUUUAAUGAUUUAAGAUUUGUUGGAAGAAGUGGUAGAGGUAAAAGUUUUACAUUAACAAUAACAAUAUCAACAAGUCCGCCACAAGUAACAACAUACAAUAAGGCAAUUAAGGUUACAGUAGAUGGUCCGAGAGAACCUAGAUCAAAAACAACUGAUGGAAUUUUUCCAGGUCCAAAUAAUAGCCAUCCAUAUAGAGCGAUGGGAUUAGGACAAAGACCAUUUUUUGAAACAACAUUUCCAACACAUCAUAUUAGAGAAUUUGAUACGCUAAGAAGAAAAUCACAAUCAAAUAAUUCAAGUUCAUUAGUCGCAACAUCAUCGAUUACCUCAAAUAAUAAUCAUCAUCAUCAUCACCAUCAUCAUCAUCAUCCAACGAUAUCAAAUAGUAGUUAUGCAAAAUUAGAAACAAAUUCUGAUUGCCAUGAUUAUAAACCAAAUGCACCACAAAUUCAAGAGAGUAAUUUAAUGGGUGCAUCUGAAUGGACAUCAGGUUAUGGUCCAGUUGGUCCAACUGUAUCCUCUACAAGUGCAUAUGGAUCAUAUUCAACAUUACCGCCAGGAAAUACAACAGCAUAUGCAACAUAUGAAACACCACCAAAUUCAUUAGAUCAUCAUCCAAAUUAUCAUAUACCAACUGUAUUAACAGAUAUGCAACCAUUUUGUGGUGCAUCAACAACAGCUGAUUAUCAUCAUACAGCAGCGAUAGCACCAACAGCUGGUGCAGCUAGUGCAAUAAUACCAACUCAACCACCAACAGUAUGUAGUCCACCAUAUGGUUCAACAAAGUCUGAAAUCGAUCAAUUUAAUACGACUGGAGGUUAUCCAGCAGCUGCAGCUUAUAAUAAUUGGUCAAAUGGUUAUAAUAAUUAUCAAUAUGGUAGUUGUGCUGCACAACCACAAUAUCCGGGACCAACACCACCAACAAUGGUCCUAUAUCCACAAUUAUAUUCAACAGUUAAUCAAAAUCAAAUACAUUUACAUUUACAUGGAACUGAAAAAUUAGAACAAUAUUUAGGUCCUGAAAAUGCUGUUACAAUUAGUUCAAUUGCUGCUGGUACACGUUUAACUGGUGGUAUCGGUGUUGGUGGUGUUGGUAAUGGUGCUGUUGAAAUUGGUAUUGGUACAUCUGAUCAUGAUAUUGUUGGUGGUGGUGGCGGUGGUUUACAAGAACCGGAUCACACAAAUCAUGAUCAAGAUCAACAUCAGACACAUCGAAUAGAACAUCAUAGACAACAAGAUGAUGAAGUUACCGGUGAUCCAGGUAGUGUUUGGAGACCAUAUUGACAUACAGCCACAUUAUAUUGG